UUGCCGCCAGGAAGCUACGGGUCCGUGAUCACGGCUACCGAUACACAGCGGUGCUGUCCCUCCACCAUGUCCCGCAUCCUUAACGGUAUCGUGGCGGUGUGCCCUGACCUGGGUAUCGGGAGUAAUGGAAACCUGCCCUGGCAUCCUAUUAGACUCAAUAACGAAUUCAAACAUUUCCGAAGGAUGACAGCGACGCCAUCUGUGAAAGACAAGCAGAAUGUGGUGAUCAUGGGGAGAAAAACAUGGUUUUCCAUCCCGGAGAAGAACAGACCUCUGAACAACAGGAUCAACAUCGUCCUCAGCAGGGAGCUCAAAACGCCCCCUGCAGGAGCACACCACCUGGCAUCGGACUUUAACUCGGCUCUCAGGCUGGUGAACACGGAGCUGGCAGAACAGGCUGACCAGGUCUGGGUUAUAGGGGGCAGCUCUCUCUACAAGGAGAUGAUGGAGAGCCCGGGGACCAGGAGACUGUUCGUCACGCAAAUCCUGAAGCAGUUUGAUUGUGACACAUUCCUCCCCGAAAUCCUUCCAGACAAAUAUCGUCUACUGCCAGAGUUUCCAGGAGUACCACAAGAGCUCCAGGAGGAGAACGGGAUCCAGUACAGAUUUGAAGUCUAUGAGAGCAUUGAGCAAUAAAACCAGAAGAACGUCAA